AUGGCUGCUGGCUGCCUGCUGGCCUUGACUCUGACACUUUUCCAAUCUUGGCUGAUCGGCCCCUCGAGCGAGGAGCCCUUCCCUUCGCCCGUCACUAUCAAGUCAUGGGUGGAUAAGAUGCAAGAAGACCUUGUCACGCUGGCAAAAACAGCAAGUGGAGUGACUCAGCUCGCUGAUAUUUAUGAAAAAUACCAAGAUUUGUAUACUGUGGAGCCAAAUAAUGCACGCCAGCUGGUUGAAAUUGCAGCCCGAGACAUUGAGAAACUUCUGAGCAACAGAUCUAAAGCCCUGGUGCGCCUGGCUAUGGAAGCAGAAAAAGUCCAAGCCGCCCACCAAUGGAGAGAAGAUUUUGCAAGCAAUGAAGUUGUCUACUAUAACGCUAAGGAUGAUCUUGAUCCUGAGAGAAAUGAGAGUGAGUCCAGCAGCCAACGGAUCAAACCCGUUUUUAUUGAAGAUGCUAAUUUUGGACGCCAGAUAUCCUAUCAGCACGCAGCAGUCCAUAUUCCCACGGACAUCUAUGAGGGCUCAACCAUAGUGUUAAACGAACUCAACUGGACAAGUGCCUUAGAUGAAGUUUUCAAAAAAAAUCGAGAUGAAGACCCUACAUUGCUGUGGCAAGUGUUUGGCAGUGCCACUGGUCUGGCCCGAUAUUAUCCAGCUUCUCCAUGGGUGGAUAACAGUAGAACUCCAAACAAGAUUGAUCUGUACGAUGUACGCAGAAGACCAUGGUACAUCCAGGGAGCUGCAUCCCCCAAGGACAUGCUUAUUCUGGUGGAUGUGAGUGGAAGCGUGAGCGGAUUAACUCUGAAACUCAUCCGAACAUCUGUCUCCGAGAUGUUAGAAACCCUCUCCGAUGAUGAUUUCGUGAACGUAGCUUCAUUUAACAGCAACGCGCAGGAUGUAAGCUGUUUUGAGCACCUGGUUCAAGCGAAUGUAAGAAAUAAGAAGGUGUUGAAAGAUGCCGUGAAUAACAUUACAGCAAAGGGGAUAACAGAUUAUAAGAAAGGCUUUAGCUUUGCAUUUGAACAGCUACUUAAUUAUAAUGUUUCUAGAGCCAAUUGUAAUAAGAUCAUCAUGUUAUUCACGGAUGGAGGAGAAGAGAGAGCCCAGGAGAUAUUUGCCAAAUACAAUAAAGACAAAAAAGUCCGUGUGUUUACAUUUUCUGUUGGUCAACAUAAUUAUGACAGAGGACCUAUUCAGUGGAUGGCUUGUGAAAAUAAAGGUUAUUAUUAUGAGAUUCCCUCCAUCGGUGCAAUAAGAAUCAAUACUCAGGAAUAUCUAGAUGUUCUGGGAAGACCAAUGGUUUUAGCUGGUGACAAGGCAAAGCAAGUUCAGUGGACAAAUGUAUAUUUGGAUGCACUGGAGCUGGGACUUGUCAUUACUGGAACUCUACCGGUCUUCAACGUCACUGGACAAUCUGAAAAUAAGACAAACUUGAAGAAUCAGUUGAUUCUUGGUGUAAUGGGCGUUGAUGUGUCUCUGGAAGAUAUUAAGAGAUUGACACCACGUUUUACACUGUGCCCCAAUGGCUACUAUUUUGCAAUCGAUCCUAAUGGUUAUGUCUUAUUGCAUCCAAAUCUUCAACCAAAGAACCCCAAAUCUCAGGAACCAGUCACACUGGAUUUUCUCGAUGCUGAGUUAGAGAAUGAAAUUAAAGUGGAGAUUCGACAUAAAAUGAUAGAUGGAGAAAGUGGAGAAAGAACGUUCAGAACUCUGGUCAAGUCUCAAGAUGAGAGAUAUAUUGACAAAGGAAAUCGAACAUACACAUGGACACCUGUCAAUGGCACAGAUUACAGUUUGGCCUUGGUAUUGCCAACGUACAGUUUUUACUAUAUAAAAGCCAAAAUAGAAGAGACAAUAACUCAGGCCAGAUAUUCAGAAACUCUGAAGCCAGACAAUUUUGAAGAAUCUGGCUAUACCUUCAUAGCACCAAGAGAAUACUGCAAUGACCUUAAACCUUCAGAUAAUAACACCGAAUUUCUUUUAAAUUUCAAUGAAUUUAUUGAUAGGAAAACUCCGAACAACCCUUCUUGUAAUACAGAUUUGAUUAAUAGAAUCUUGCUGGAUGCAGGUUUUACAAAUGAACUUGUCCAAAAUUAUUGGAGUAAGCAGAAAAAUAUCAAAGGAGUGAAGGCACGCUUUGUGGUGACUGACGGUGGGAUUACAAGGGUUUAUCCCAAAGAGGCUGGAGAAAAUUGGCAAGAGAACCCAGAGACGUAUGAGGACAGCUUCUACAAACGGAGCCUAGACAACGAUAACUACGUUUUCACCGCGCCCUACUUUAACAAAAGUGGACCUGGUGCAUAUGAAUCUGGAAUUAUGGUAAGCAAAGCUGUAGAACUGUAUAUCCAAGGAAAACUUCUUAAGCCUGCAGUUGUGGGAAUUAAAAUUGAUGUAAAUUCCUGGAUAGAAAAUUUUACCAAAACUUCGAUCAGGGAUCCGUGCGCUGGUCCAGUUUGUGACUGCAAAAGAAACAGUGAUGUAAUGGACUGUGUCAUUCUAGAUGAUGGCGGAUUUCUUUUGAUGGCCAAUCACGAUGAUUACACUAAUCAGAUUGGACGUUUUUUUGGAGAGAUUGACCCAAGCAUGAUGAGACACCUGGUUAAUAUAUCACUUUAUGCAUUCAAUAAAUCAUAUGACUAUCAGUCAGUGUGCGAUCCAGGGGCAGCACCAAAGCAAGGGGCAGGACAUCGUUCAGCAUAUGUGCCAUCGAUUGCAGACAUACUACAGAUUGGCUGGUGGGCCACUGCUGCCGCCUGGUCUAUCGUCCAGCAGCUACUCUUGAGUUUGACAUUUCCACGACUCCUUGAGGCAGUUGAGAUGGAGGAAGAUGACUUCACAGCCACCCUGUCUAAGCAGAGCUGUAUCACAGAACAAACACAGUACUUCUUCAAGAACGAUACUAAAUCAUUCAGUGGUUUACUGGACUGUGGAAACUGUUCCAGGAUCUUUCAUGUAGAAAAACUUAUGAACACCAACUUAGUAUUCAUAAUGGUGGAGAGCAAAGGGACAUGUCCAUGUGACACGCGGCUACUCAUGCAAGCGGAACAGACAUCUGAUGGUCCGGAUCCUUGUGACAUGGUUAAGCAGCCCAGAUACCGAAAAGGACCAGAUGUCUGCUUUGAUAACAAUGUGCUGGAGGAUUAUACCGACUGUGGUGGUGUUUCUGGAUUAAAUCCUUCCUUAUGGUCAAUCUUUGGACUCCAAUUUAUACUCCUUUGGCUGGUAUCUGGCAGCAGACACUACCUAUUGUGACCUUCUAAACCCCAGAUCUGCAACUAAAUUCCAAGC